GCCAUCUAGCAAUCGCCAUAUUGAAUUUUGUUGUGCUUCGGUAGAAAACAUUGUGAGCACGUGGAUUGUUGGAUUUUUAUUAUUGAGCGAAAUUCAUAAGUAAACUUUAUAUAUUGGCUUAUUUUAGAAGUGAUUUUAUUUUCUUUUCUUGAAAUUUGAAACAUCAGUACUUGUACAUCAAAUUCAUUUGUAAAAGUGGCUUAUUACAAUGGCACCCUCUCGUCAAUUGCUCAUGUGGUCAGUACCUUCAAUAGCUGUCUUGUUAGGAAUUUUUUGGUUCAAGAAAAAGAGAGAAUAUGCAAAAUCUGACCCAGGAGGAAGAGAAAGAAUAAAAAGUUUACAAGAGGAAUUAGCUGAAGCGUUAAAUGCAGAGGCAGAGUUAAGAAAAUCAUCGCCCAUAGGAAAGGCUGAUCGUUCUAUUAUUAAAUCAGCCCCCAUUGACAUAAUACCUAACGGCUGUGGCUCACAGAGAUCAUCUCCCAUAGAAUUGACAGACGAGGAGGUGGAUUUGGAAAUUGAAAAGAUCAUAAGAAAGAAAUCUAUAGAGAAAGAAAAGAAAAUGUCCUUAGGUAUAGAUAGUUAUAUGGAGUCUGUGAGAAACAAAGAAAAAGCCUGUGUUUUAACAAAAACUGAGUGUGAUUUAAACUCAUCUUUCAGAGCAGAAAUGAUUUGCAACAUCAAUGAAAACAUGCGUUCUAUAAAUGUUAAUGAGGAAUCUGGAAAUUCUGUUGCCAUUGACAAUUUAGCUGAUGACAAAUUAUCACAGACAGAAACACAGUCAGAUAGUACAAAAGUUGAUGCUAUUGCAUCUGAAAGUACACUGACUGAAAAUACUUCCUCUGAAAAUGCUUCAGAGGAAUUAAAUGAUAAUAAUAAUGAGACUGUUGAAUCUAGAAAUAUUGAAGAACCUGUUGAAGGUCAAAAUAGAUACUCAACUUCACAAGCUAGGAGAAUUUCUGAACGGGAUUCAGCUAACCACAGUCCUGUGGAUCCCAUGAUGGCUAGUCCGUCCAUGUGUCACUUCUCAGAUGACCAUAGUGAGGGUUCUAGUGAUAGUGGUAAGGGAUGUUCAGAGGCUGCAAGUCCACCACCUACAAAUAUGAAUAUUGUUGCCUCUGAAGCAGGCCUUAGAAUACAUCAAUUUUUAAUACCACAGACCCUGGUUGGUCUGUUAAUAGGCAAAUGUGGUUCAUUUGUAUCAUGCAUCAAAGUUAAGACUGGUGCAACUGUUUAUGUUAGAAGACAUCCUGAGGUGUCAAAACAAAAGAUUUGUGCAAUUGAAGGAACUCAAACUGAAAUUGAGGCAGCUUUAGAAAUGAUAAAAGAGAAAUUCCCUGAGAAGAGGUUCCCCAACUUCACAACAAAGGAAAUCAGUGCAGAAUUAUAUCAACGAUUGGCGCCUUUAGUGCCAGAAUACCUUCAAUUACAGCUAGUGGAGUCGGUGAACAAUGACACGAUAAUGACGUGUCUCGUGAGCGCGGGGCACUUCUUCCUCCAGCAGCCGCUGCACCCGACUUUCCCCUCGCUGCACGCGCUACACCGCCUCAUGGCCGCCACAUAUCAGAAUCCGGACGUGCCGUCAUUGCCGCGCCCGGUGAAAGAGGGUUCAAUUUGCGCGGCGCCAACUGAAAACAAUUGGUAUCGCGCCCAAGUAAUCUCCACAUCGGAGGACAACGACACAUCAGUCGUGAAGCUCGUGGACUUCGGCGGCUACCUCACCGUCGAUAACGACCAGCUGAAGCAGAUCCGUUCUGACUUCAUGACACUGCCCUUCCAGGCCACGGAGGCUCUCCUCGCAUUUGUCAAACCAGCCAAUAAUGAACCGGAGUGGAGCAGCGAGGCUCUGCGCAUAAUGGCUGGCUUGACGGCGGGGCAACUGUUGCACGCGCAGGUCGCUGGCUACGAUGAGACUGGUCUUCCCCUUGUACACUUAUAUCUAACCCUUAAUCCACAGCAAGUGAUAUUCCUGAACCGCGAGCUGGUGGAGCGCGGGCUGGCGGAGUGGGAGGUGCCGCCCGACUCGUGAGCGCCGCCUCGCCGCUCGCCGCCUCGCCGUCUCGCCGCACACGCUCACUCGUAAUAUGAGAUUGCAUUUCAUGCUCACUCUCUCUACACUACACUGUAAGACAAGGCGAAUUUGUCGCGUGCCCUAGGGCGACUUCAACCUUCCUAAUGUAAUCCUCCGACCGUUUUGUGGAUGUGAUGCCGUUUGACAGGCUUUGUUGUGUGACCGACACCGCACACUGCAAUAAAGUCGGUUUAUAUUUUUCAUGAAAUCAGAUAUGAAUGCAAUGCCAUGCGCCAAAUAAGCCUUGUCGCCCUGUCCGUUGACGACUACACAAAAGCUGUCUUAUAUUACCGGUGACGUACUUAAGUCUCCUGACGUUCCUCGCUAUACUAGCACUCGUAGUAAUUAAAAGAAAUUUAACGUUACAUUCAGUGGUUUACACACAUGUUUGAAAUAAACAUAACAAUAUAUUACAUCAUCCUUUUCGUUUUAUGUGUUUGACUUGUUUGGUACAAUAUUUUAGAGUAUCACCAUGGAUAGUGUUAUCCAUUACCUUACCAUAAAUAUGAAUGUUACUUUGACAUUUCUUUAUUGAAACUCCCAUAACUUUAACACAUUAUGAAAUACGAUACGCUUAUGGAUAACCUACAAUUUUAACAAGAUACAAAUUGUCGCGUAGCUGUUAAGAAUUUUAAUUAUUUGGCGCUUACAUAAGAUUCAUUUUAAUACAACCUAUAUUUAAAAUAUUUAGUAGAGUACCUAUACUUAUAGUUGGUCAGGAUGCUCAUUAUAAUACGUAUAAUAGCACUGCCUUCUGCAUUUUACUUUUGUAAUUCUAUUCUGUACUAAAACGCAAUAGUUUACUCAAAGCUCUAAUACCAAUACAAAAAACUGGUUACUUGUAAGUGUUUAACGUACAUAAAUUACGUCACAGAAUAAUAUUCAUGAGUUUUUAUUAGAAAACAUGCAAUUUUUGAUAUUGUUGUUAAAUUUUAGAUGAAUUUAGUAUGUUAUAUAUUAUGUAAAUGAAAAAAAGUAACUGCAAGAUCAUUCAAUGAUUUUUGCUGUUGGUAGGUCAUUAAAUUUAAUAUCUGAUCCAACAAUCGUAAAUCUUCCAAUGCAUAGGAAUUGCAUAUUUUCCAAUAAAUACCCUAGUUAUGUAUAAAUACAGUUGGCGCUUGUUGCCUUGUAAGUCGUGCCUUACAGUGUAAUAAUUUAUCUUCCGAUGUUUCUAGAACAAAACGUUAAAGUAUUACCAAUGUAAAGUUAACCAUGCAAGUUAUAUUACGUAGAGCAUAAAUGGUGUUUGUUAUCAUUGUUCAUUUUAGAAGAUAUUUGUAAUAUUUUGCUGCGAGUUGAUUGGGCGUAAGAUAGAAAUAUUUUUUACAGUUGUGUAUGCUUAAAUAACUAUGUAAAUUGUAUAAAUUGUUGUAGAAUACAUACACGUGUAAAUUAAGAGUACAAUAUAACAUUGUGUGGUUGCUUUGUGUGAUUAUGAUCAUAUUCUUUUGGGAUUUCAAUAUCACGUCUUACUUUUGAGUGUCACUUAGAUAACUCAUAUUGAUUUUAAAAUUGUCAUCUCACAUAUUUCUAUAUUAUCUUACAUUGCAUGUACUACUGUUUCAUAUAUUUUUCGAUUUCAUUUCAAAAGUACUUUCUGUUUCCAAGAAAUAUUACAAGUAUAUGUUCUAUUCAUACAAUACGUCUGUAACGAUGUGUGCGUUUUAAGGAUUUAAUGGUAAAUCUUGGAAUUUAUAAUGAGCAUGAUGUCCUGACUAGAUUUAAAACUGUACAUAAUAGAAAAAAAUUAAGUAUGUAGUUACGAUUUAAAGCAAUUUGAUAUUUGUGUUCUUAAUAUUAAUUCAGUAUUUGUGUUGAUAAAUAGGUGUUUGUUUUAGUGAUUUGAUUUUCGUAUGCGUCUUUGAGUAGUUUAAAAUUACCUUUUAUUAUCUUAGGUGACACAUUAGUAGUUAUAAUGUCGGAUAAUACUUGUUAGAUAUUAUGUAUCGACAAACUAUAAUAAUGCGUCUUAAUAAAAGGUCGACUUUAUUCCACUUCCAGAGAGCACUAAUUAUUAGCAGACGUUGGAGUGUGAAUCGGUUGAUGCGCGUAGCUGGCUAUCUGUUUGCAUUUUGUUGACGUCCUUUGUGUAUAUAAACUAAUAUAUUUGCGGUUAAAUCAAUAAAUUAUCGUUUUAAAAAUUG